GUCAGAGAGGAGGAAAAGGAGGAGCAGAAGAGGGGGUCAGAGACACAGUGAGAGAGUGAUAGAGGUAGAGGAGCCACCAUCUCUUGCCUUCAUCGAGAAAGUUUGCUUCUGCGACCAAAGAGAAGGAGGAGGAGAGGGAGUAGGAAAAAGAGGCAAUUUCUAAGCCUGGUUGAGACGGUGUCUACCAGAGCAGAGAAGAGAGGGAUGUGUGGUGUAUGGAGGAUUCGUCCUCUGUGCUUCUGCACUUCCACACAUUACAGUACCUGUGCCUGCUGAAGCAGUGGAUAUAGAGCCAUGCCUCCCCACAGGCUCCCAGCCUGACACACUCUGGAGGGACGGGAACAGAGGACAGCCUGGGUGACCUGGAUACGAGCUGAGGAGAGCUGAGCUGAGCUGAGCUGAGGCAGUCCACAGUGUGCAAGUUAUCCAAACUGGGUCUGGGUUGAUCCAAACAGAUCCAAAUAGUUUUUGGUCUGGAUCUUGAUCUAAGGCUGGUGUUUGUUGAAACACGUCCAGAGCUGUUCUGGUCUGCGGAGGACCAUAGAAGCUCUUUAGUGGUCCAAAGAGGUUUACCCGCUCAGGACCAGGACAGUGUGCCAGUAGAAGAAGAUAUAUGUCUGGAUUCACACACUGAACAACUGGACAACGUUCUGUAUCUAUGGUGCCAUGAUGUUUACUGGAUCUGCUAACAGGAACAUACCACACCUGGCACAGGAACCUACACCUGGCACCGUGGACUAACCUGCUCUGACUCGCUUUAUAGUGGCCCCCUGUUGAUCUUCUGCAGAAGAACUUAGGAGCAAAAAAUGUGGAAAUUAAAGACGUUCUGUAUGGAUUACUGGCAUGUGUUGUGUCUACACCCUCAUAACACCUUUCAUAAGAGUGUGGAGGGGGAUGCACGGCCCAGUGAGAGCGACGGUGGAGCAAGCUACAGGGGUCCAGUGAUAAGCCCAGACCGCUUCGAGGGCCCCCUCUACGGCCACGGGGUGCAGCCGGGCCCCCAGCGGCCCCCCCGCAGGCCCAAGCUCCAGCACUCGCAGUCCAUCCUUCGCAAGCAGGCCGAGGAGGAGGCCAUCAAACGCUCCCGUUCGCUCUCCGAGGGCUAUGAGCUCUCCGCUGACCUCCAGGACAAGCAGGUGGAGAUGCUGGAGCGUAAAUAUGGCGGACGCUUCAUAACCCGGCAUGCAGCCCGCACCAUCCAGACAGCCUUCCGCCAGUACCAGAUGAACAAGAACUUUGAGCGUCUCAGGAGUUCUAUGUCUGAGAACCGCAUGUCCCGACGCAUCGUUUUGUCCAACAUGAGGAUGCAGUUCUCCUUCGAGGGCCCUGAGAAAGUCCACAGCUCCUACUUUGAGGGGAAACAGGUGUCCCUGACAGACGACGGCACCCCCCUAGCCUUGGUACAGUCUGAGUGCGGGGACCUGGAGGUCCACCACCAGGCCAACAUGGCGUCUCACCCUGCCUCCCAGAACGACCUGACUGACGCCAUCACGGAGCUGGAGGAUGCCUUCUCCAGGCAGGUGAAGUCUCUGGCCGAGUCCAUCGACGACGCCUUGAACUGUCGCAGCCAGCAGGGAGACGAGGGUCUUGACCCUGAGGCCAUGGGCUGCCCCAAGGUGGAGAGGGAGGUGGCCUAUCAGGUGAAGCCUCACCGCGGGGCGACGGGACGCAUGCGAGAGGACAUGAUGGCAUCCUACAGCGAUGUGACUCUGUUUAUCGAUGAGGAGGAGCUGUCUCCCUCUAUGGGGCUGUCGCGAGGGUCAGCUGACCAGCCCUCCAGCAUUGAGUCAGACCUCCGCCUGCGCUCAGCCAACUCCUCCCAAGAGUACUGGCCCCUGGACCCCAAAGACGAGGGGCGUGACACGGACACCAGCUGCCGCAGCACACCCUCCCUGGAGUGCCAGGAGCAGCGGCUCAGGGUGGACCACCUCCCCCUGCUGACCAUCGAGCCGCCCAGUGACAGCUCCGCCGAACACAGUGACCGCUCUGACCGCAGCUCCGUCAAACGGCCGCCCGUCUAUGAGCCUCACGGGGGCAGCCACAUCGUGGCAUCCUCCCAGGCCAGCCCCAAACACAUCUCUCAUGGCCCACCCCCGCGGGCGGCCUCCCGGGACGACGAGGCGCCCCUCCGCCACCGCCACCGGGCGCUGGAAAGCCACCUGGCCAUCAACGGCUCGGCCAAUCGGCAGAGCAAGUCUGAGUCUGACUUCUCGGACGGGGAUAACGACAGCAUCAACAGCACGUCUAACUCCAACGACACUAUCAACUGCAGCUCUGAGUCAUCCAGGGACAGCCUAAGGGAGCAGACACUCAGCAAGCAGACGUACCACAAAGAGACACGCAACAGCUGGGACUCGCCGGUCUUCAGCAACGAUGUGAUCCGCAAGAGGCACUAUCGCAUCGGCCUGAACCUCUUCAACAAGAAGCCAGAGAAAGGCGUCCAGUACCUGACUGAGAGAGGGUUCGUCCCGGACACACCUGUGGGUGUGGCUCACUUCCUGCUUCAGAGGAAGGGUCUGAGCAGGCAGAUGAUUGGAGAGUUCCUGGGCAACCGUCAGAAACAGUUCAACAGAGACGUCCUGGACUGUGUGGUGGAUGAGAUGGAUUUUUCGUCAAUGGAGCUGGACGAGGCACUGAGAAAGUUCCAGAACCACAUCCGGGUCCAGGGAGAGGCCCAGAAGGUGGAGCGCCUCAUCGAAGCCUACAGCCAACGCUACUGUAUCUGUAACCCCACGGUGGUGCGACAGUUCCGGAACCCUGACACCAUCUUCAUCCUGGCCUUCGCCAUCAUCCUCCUCAACACAGACAUGUACAGCCCCAACGUCAAGCCAGAGAGGAAGAUGAAGCUGGAGGACUUCGUCAAGAACCUCCGAGGGGUGGACGAUGGGGAGGAAAUCCCCAGGGAGACUCUGGUAGGAAUAUAUGAAAGGAUCAGGAAGAGGGAGCUGAAGACCAACGAGGACCACGUGUCUCAGGUUCAGAAGGUGGAGAAACUCAUAGUGGGGAAGAAACCGAUUGGAUCUCUCCACCAUGGUAUAGGAUGUGUGCUGUCCCUGCCCCAUCGCAGGCUAGUGUGCUACUGUCGGCUGUUUGAAGUGCCAGACCCCAACAAGCUCCAGAAGCUAGGCCUGCACCAGCGGGAGAUUUUCCUGUUUAAUGACCUUCUGGUGGUGACAAAGAUUUUCCAGAAGAAGAAGAACUCUGUGACAUACAGCUUCCGGCAGUCUUUCUCUCUGUAUGGGAUGCAGGUUCUGAUGUUUGAGAACCAGUAUUACGGGAAUGGAAUCAGGCUUACAUCAGCCAUACCAGGUGCCGACAUCAAAGUCCUCAUCAACUUUAACGCGCCCAACCCCCAGGACCGCAAGAAGUUCACUGACGACCUGCGAGAGUCUAUCGCCGAGGUCCAGGAAAUGGAGAAAUACAGGAUAGAGUCUGAGCUGGAGAAGCAGAAAGGGGUGGUGAGGCCCAGUAUGUCCCAGAGCUCUGGGCUGAAGAAGGAGGCUGGCAACGGCAACAUGAACCGUGCCAGUCUGGACGACACCUACACCAUGGGCGAGGGCCUGAAGAGGAGCGCCCUCAGCAGCUCCCUCCGCGACCUCUCCGAAGCAGGCAAGCGUGGGCGCCGCAGCAGUGCAGGAUCACUAGACAGCAAUAUGGAAGGGUCCAUCAUUAGCAGCCCUCACAUAUGCCGGAGAGCCACGACCCCACGCAUCGAGGGCCCGUCCCGGGGCCACCCCACCAUCCCCAACUCCUCCUCCCUCCUCGGUUCGCUCUUUGGCAGCAAACGGGGGAAGCCUUCAUCCCAGAGCCAUCCUCCUCUUCCUCUGCCUGGUCACCCCACCCUCAUCUCCCACACGCCCCAUCCGUCCAACCUCCACCACACAGCCCAGCAGGUAGCCCAGGCUCAGCUCCACCACUCCCAGUACUGCCACGUCCAGCAGAACCCCCCUCCCUACCACCACCAUCAUCACUACCACCCCCCGCCCCACACACAGUACCACCAGCACCCGGCAGCAUACGCAUCCUCCUCCCACACACACCAACACACGCACCCCCACGCUCAUGUACCACAGCACAGCCACGGCGCCCACAGCCAGCAUUCCCAUCACGCUUCACACUCCCAGCAUGCUCCUCACCACCACAGUCAGCAGCAGGGCCCGGCACCUGGCGGGCCCAAACCCAAACACAGUGGCAUCAGUACCGUGGUGUGACGUCCCUCAGAGAGAGAGAAGAGAGAGAAGAGAGAGAAGAGAGAGAGAGAGAGAGAGAGAGAGAGAGAGA